UUAAGGCGUUUCACUCUGUAUUGCGCUCUCAGCGCGCACAGCGUCCUUGUAUCUGCUGUUUCAUUUCAUCCAAACCUGUUUUUAUUUCAUAUUUCUUUUUAUCAACAUAUCCUUCACUUCUGUGCGUUCAUCACUUUCAAUUUGCACGGUUAACGUGCAGGAAUAUAUCGGGAUAAAUGGCGCGUAAUGGAUAUAUAUUAAGCGCUCUGUGCGCGCUUUUGGCAGUCAUCGGCGCACAGGAUGUCCAACCAACCACCUUCAGAGAUUGUCCUGUGGAUUUGUUUUUUGUGUUGGACACUUCUGAAAGUGUGGCGCUCAGAUCCAAACCACCAGAGUUCUACAUCAACCAACUCAAAGACUUCACUAAACUAUUCAUUGAUGAGCUGGAGGACAAUAUAGUGCGACAGCCAUGUGAUCGUGAUCUUACGUGGAAUUCUGGAGCGCUACAUUACAGUGAUGACGUUGAGCUGGUGAUGCAGUUAGUCGACCUGAAGACAAAACGUCCUCAGCUGAAAGCUGCCAUUGACAAAAUCUCUUUCAUCGGCAAGGGGACAUACACUGACUGUGCCAUGAAGGAGGGGAUCGGCGAGUUGCUGAGAGCGGGAUCCUACUAUCAUGAGAACAAGUUCAUGGUGGUGAUCACAGACGGUCACCCUGCGACUGGGUACAAGGAGCCAUGUGGUGGGAUCCGAGAGGCUGCCAAUGAGGCACGGCAGCACGGCAUCAAAGUUUUCGGUGUGGCCGUAUUACCUGACGCAGAGGACAGCAGACUGGCUAUCAUUGCCACAAACCAGAAUUACAGACAAAACUUCACAGCUGCAGAUAGCAACCGUACCAUUCAACUGAGCAGCAUAAGGAGAAUGAUUAACAUAAUCACGAAUGAAACAAAGGAUGUGUGCUGCUCCUUUGACUGCCACGCUCCUGGAGGCUCUGUAGGACCACCCGGUGAGACAGGAUAUAGAGGAGAGCCUGGAAGACAUGGCAUGCCGGGAGAGAAAGGAGAUGUUGGCUCUGCGGGACAUCCUGGUGAUACAGGUCCAGUCGGUUACCAAGGAAUGAAGGGUGACCAAGGAAUAAAAGGUGCAAAGGGAGACAGAGGUCAUGCAGGAUACAAGGGAGAGAAAGGAAAGCAUGGCCUUGAUGGAAUCGAUGGGCGGAAGGGUGAACCCGGAUUCUCUGGUCUUCCAGGCUGCAAAGGGUCACCGGGGCCAGAUGGCUUGCAAGGAGAACCUGGCCCUAAAGGGGAUCCCGGUCGAUAUGGGAGGAAGGGAGAGAAAGGUGACCCUGGCAAAGAGGGCGAACCAGGAAGACCCGGAAACUACGGACCUUCAGGACCAAAGGGUGACAGGGGUUCUCGUGGUCCCAAUGGUGAUAAAGGCGAGAGAGGAGAUGAUGGACCACCAGGACCAGACGGGCCUAGAGGAGAGAGAGGCUUAGGUGGGGAGAAAGGUGAACAAGGUUCCCGUGGUAACAGAGGGCCUAGAGGCGAGCCUGGCGAGCCAGGACCCCGAGGUGAGCAAGGGCGCGAGGGAUCGGCAGGACCAAACGGAGACCCGGGUGUGCCAGGAAGGCAGGGGGCACCAGGUUAUCGAGGUGAUGAGGGUCCUACCGGGCCAGAGGGAGCUAAAGGGCCCAGAGGAAUUAAAGGGGCCCCCGGUGACAGAGGUCUGAUGGGAGAGAGGGGAACAGAUGGACCACAAGGAAACGGUACUGAGGGCUGUCAUGGUUUCCAGGGUUAUCCUGGGCCAAGGGGAGAUCCAGGAGCACCUGGUGGAAAAGGAACUCCUGGACCCAAGGGAGACGAUGGAGAGCCAGGUGACCCAGGAGUAGAUAAUGGCAGUCCUGGACCACCUGGGCCAAAAGGUGCCAAAGGCCACAGAGGACCCGAAGGAAGAGUUGGACCACCAGGACCACCUGGACCUGCAGGAGCUGAUGAAUGUGAGAUUCUGGAUAUCAUCAUGAAGAUGUGCUCUUGUUGUGAAUGCAAGUGCGGACCCCUGGACAUCGCCUUCGUUGUGGACAGUUCUGAAAGUAUUGGAGCUAAUAACUUUGCAAUUGCUAAAGACUUCAUCAUAACUGUAAUGAACAGACUUAAAUUAAAACAGUUUGGUGCUAAUGAGUCCCGUAUUGGUGUGGUGCAGUACAGUGGCAACAAUGCUCAAGAGGUCGUACAACUUGGUGACCCGAAUAUCAAGACCCUGAUAGACCUAAAAGAAGCUGUGAAGAAGUUGCGCUGGAUUGCUGAAGCUACGUACACUGGAGAAGCUCUGCAGUUUUCGCUGAACAAAAUGAUUAGCAAGCUUGUGACGGAGAGGAGCAUCGUCCUCGUGCUUACUGAUGGACGCUCGGACACCUUAAGGGACGAUGUGCCCCUAAAUGUAUUGUGUGGCAAGGGACUAAGGGUCGGUGGUGUUGGUGUGAGCGAUUAUGCAAGAAGAUCACCAAAUCUAGAACAGGUUGAUGAGGUCGUAUGCAAAAAUGAUCCGAGAAAAGGUUUCUCCUUUGUACUUGACAACUUUGCCAUCCUGCUGGAUGACAGCUUCUUGCAAAACCUGACUGAGAAAAUCUGCGCAGAAAAGAAAUGCCCCACUUAUACUUGUCCAAUUUCGUUUACCAGUAACACAGACAUUCUCAUCAUGAUGGACAGCUCGGCCAGCGUCGGCUCCAAAAACUUUAAUAUGACAAAAGACUUUGUACAAAAGCUGUCCAAUCGUUUCCUGUUUGCCGAAAAGGGGAACUUCCAGGUUCGGGUGGCCGUUGGCCAGUACAGCAACAGCGCCAAGUUAGAGGCAGAAUUUUCCAAAAACGCCACCCAGGUGGCUGGUCAGAUCGCAGGGGCCAAGUUCCAGAGCGCAGGUACGCAGGUGACAAACGCUCUCACCUUUGCCAUUCAGCGCUUCAGGCAAUCAGGAGGAAACAGGAAGAAGAAGCUUCUGGUCUUCUCGGAUGGUCGUUCCCAAGGCAUUAACGCCAUCCAGAUGGAGAAAGCUGUGGAGCAGGUGAGCAGCGCUGGCAUUGAGCUGUAUGUGCUGGCAGUAGGCAAUCAGGUGAAUGAGGCACACCUGCGUACCUUGGUGAGCCGCGGCCGACCCUAUGACAACACUUACGCCUACCGUCACCUUUUUAAAGUGCCUGACUACCGUUCGAUGGUCAGUGGUGUCUUUUACCAAACUGUCUCCCGGAAGAUUUCCCUGGACUGAGGCGGAGAAAGAAUGAUUGGGUAAUGGGAGGGGUCCAUGCAGGGAGUGUGUUAAUACAAACUAAGGGGGUGGGUUGCAACAUAUUAAAGAUUAAGGUGCUACAAAAGCUUGGUUCCCCAAAGGACCAUGCAGUCAAAGAAUCUGAACCAUUUUUUCUAGGAUUUUCAUGGUCUGAAGAAGUGAAACUUUCUUUAUGGAACCAUAAAAGCCGUGUAGCACCUUUAUUUUUAAAUGCGUAUAGCACAGGCUUUAUUUGUUUUAGUUUUUUUUUUGUUUAUUCAUUUUCAUGUGAUCUUUUAAUUUUUUCAUUGUCUCAUUUUACAAGACAGUAAAUGAUUGUUAGAUUUUUUUUAAAUUGGAUAAUGACUAUUUUUAUAUCACUUCACAUAAAGCGAUUAAUCAAGCCAUGUAUGAUUAAUCAUGCAAUGUAUGUUAAUUCUUCCAGCUGAUGUGUUGUAGUACUUUGGUUUUAUUACUAUAAUGGCUUGUCUAUGGCCCUAUUUGUUAUUUCUGAUGCUGAUUUUAGUGGUCAGAAGUUAAAAUAUCUGCAGAUAUAAUCUGUAUAAAUGCCCAAAUGGUUUCUUUAGUGGCUGUAUCAUCUCUAAUAAACACAUUAAAUGAUCAAUUUUACCACCAGGAUCUAAAAUUAACACUUGCAAUCAUGCGAGGGUAAGAUCUUUUUUUAUAUUACAAAAAAUUCAUGACAAUUUUGAAAUAUUGCAAAUACUUUUUAUUGUCUGGUAGAAAUGUAUGACUAGUGACUUUUCUUACUUUACCUCAAGGAUCUGCUAAAAAGUUAAUUUUGGACCCUGCUUUAGUUGUUCACAUUUUUUUAAUCUCACACAAAUCUUAAAGUUGCAUUGGUCUGUGGUACACUUUCAUCUAAUAUUUACAGUAAUAAGUACAGUAAUAAGACUUGAAUAUUAAUUUGGUGCUACCAAUGUAAACUCAGUUAUUCAAAUGUAAAUAAGAUGCAGGUUUCUUCAAAAAUGUUUUCUUUGACAUUAACCAAAGUUGUUGUUUACCUUUAUAUGUCAGAAAAUCAUUUGAGAAAGCUGUGUUUGAAAUAAAGGACGCUACACCCCUCA